CCAGUGGGUGUGACCUGGGUGCAACCAGUCAUAGCUCUGGAGAGGUCACUGUGAUUUGGAGCCUGGAGGACCUGUCCACAAGUCGGAAGGGACUGUGGAACUCACACAGCUCUUGGCCUAAGCCCCUGUUACUGAGAGAAAGGAAGCUUUUGCCAAGGACUCCAAGGGGAGAUAAAUGCUGAGAGUGGACUCAGCCCUCCCCAAGACAUUGUGUGAGCCGGGCCAGGCCUCCAGACACAGCCCCUCCCGCCCACCCCAGCCAGGGUGGUGCUUGUGUGGGAAGGACUUUAAAUCCAGCUGCCAGACCCCUGGAUGGGAAAGGCAGAGAGGGCUGGCCACCAUGCACGGCUCUCGUAGUCUCCUGGCGCCCCUGCUGCCACUGCUGCUACUGCUGGUGGCCGCCACAGGCCCUGCUGGAGCCCUCAGUGAUGAAGAGAAACGUGAGAUGGUGAAGCUGCACAACCACUACCGUGCCCAGGUGUCCCCGCCGGCCGCUGACAUGCUGCAAAUGAGGUGGGACGAGGAGCUGGCCGCCUUCGCCAAGGCUUACGCGCAGCAGUGCAUCUGGGGCCACAACAAGGAGCGCGGACGGCGCGGCGAGAACCUGUUCGCCAUCAUGGACGAGGGCAUGGAUGUGCCGCUGGCCGUGGAGCAGUGGCACCAAGAACGCGACCACUACAACCUCAGCGCCACUGCCUGCGACCCGGGCCAGAUGUGUGGCCACUACACGCAGGUGGUCUGGGCCAAGACAGAGCGGAUUGGCUGUGGCUCCCACUUCUGUGAGAAGCUCCAGGGCAUUGAGGAGACCAAUAUCCAAUUGCUGGUUUGCAACUAUGAGCCCCCGGGGAACGUGAAGAGGCAGAGGCCCUACCAGGAGGGGACUCCGUGCUCCCAAUGUCCCUCCGGCUACCACUGUGAGAAUUCCCUCUGUGAACCCAUCAGAGGCCCUGAAGAGGAUUUGCCUUCCCUGGUAACUGAGGCCCCAUCUUCCCUGGCAACUGAGGUCCCUUUCUUUUUGGCAACUCACAGCCUGCUCUCCUUGGAUGAGGGGCCAGCUCCCUUCCCCAAAUCGACCAGUGAUCCCAUCCCCAAAUCAGCAGACAAGGAGGCCAGCAGGACAACAAUGCCCUCCAGAAGCCCAGAGAGUUCUCUGCACCCCAAGGUGUCCCUGACAGGGACACAGGAGCCGCUACCCUACUCCCAGGAGGAGGGCGAGGCUGAGGCCGAGUUGCCUCCUUCCAGUGAGUUCUCAGCCUCAGUUAUUCCAGCCCAGGACGAGCCAGGUGAGCUGCAGGCCACACUGGACCACAUGGGGCACACCUCCUCCAAGUCCCUGCCCAACUCCCCCAAUACCUCUGCCACCGCUAACGCCAUGGGCGGGCGUACCUUGGCCCUGCAGUCGUCCUUGCCAGGUGCAGAGGGCCCUGAAAAGCCUGGCAUCAAGUCAGGGCUGAACUCGGGCCCUGGUCCUGUCUGGGGCCCGCCCCUGGGACUGCUGCUACUGCCUCCCCUGGUGUUGGCCGGAAUCUUCUGAAGGGCUCACCACUCAAAGGCAAGGCUGGUGGGGGCACCCUGGCCUCAUGCCCACUCUGGAUUGUCUGUCUCCGAGUAAGAGGCCACAGCUCCCUGGGCAGGUCCUGCUCUGUGGCCCAACAGCCCCUCUUCACCCCAGCUCCUGCCCAGACUCCAGGCUAGUGCCCUUGUGCCCUCAGGCGGCCUCUACAGGGCCACACCCUGGCACUGCCCCAGGAGUGCCUCUGCCUCUGGGGAGGCCCACUCCUCAGCUAGCUGCAGAUUGUUCUGAGCAGUGUUCCUGUGGCCACAGGUGCCUGUUCUCCAGUUGUCCUGUGGCCAUGGCCUGCUCUUCUAGAGACAGAAGAUCUCACGGCAUGCCAGGAGUCCCUUGGCCCCUCCAGUCCCCUGGCCUCUUCCUGGAGCCAUCCAAGUCCUGGGCUGUUCCCAGGAGUGCCUCCUGCCUUCCCAGGGUGAAGAGACCAGCUAUCCUCCUGCCAUCUCCCCCACCCUGUCCCCAGCACCCCCAACAAGACACAUCUUGGCUGAGGGCCCUCUGGAGGCUGCAGGGCAUGUGCCUCAUCCCCAGACAUCUUGGGGCACGAGGCAGGGCUGGCUGCGAGCUCAGGUUGCCGCCCGAUGACUGCACACCUGGCCUGGACCCCUCCUGCCUCUCCCAUCUCGGUCCAGGGUCGAGGGGAAGGGUGGGGAUUCUGGAGAGAUCCCUGCCUGCUGGCCUAGGGCUGUCUGCCUGUGCAGGGUGGGGGUUCUCUCUGAGUGCCUUCCUCCCCUACUCACCUGUGUAGCUGGGGGGCAGUGUGAGGGGACAAGUCCCGCCUGAGUGGGGUUCUGUGAGUGGGGCAGGCAGGGGCCAGGGAAGGGAAGCAGCCCCUGCCUCCUGAAUAAAAGCCUGUGCUCGAGUUCCCCAAGUCUCCGUGCUUGGGCGGGGUGGGGGGCAGGGGGCGAAGAGGCUCAAUGCUUCCCCCCACCAACCUGUGGCACUGUUCCUUCUCCUUUACCCCCCCACUCCCCAAUACUCCAUUUAGUUAUUUGGGGCACUCUUCCUUUCCUUUCUGUAACUCCCCCCCACCUACCCACCCAAUCUUCAGGUAGCUGACAGGAAAGGGAAAGGGCCAAGGGAAGGCCAAGGGUGGUGGGCUGACUCCCAGCUCCAGGAGUCACCAGUGGAGCUAGCGGGGUUCAGGACCCAGGAUCAAGGAGUGGCAUACAACCUCAGUCGGUGACUGAGGGCAGCCUUGGACCAAGCUGGGGCUGAUGGGGAGAGACAGAGCAACUGUCUCAGGGCCAAAGCCAGAGUGUGCGUGGUUAAACAGGCAGCAUCCAAGUCAGGCCAGUGCUGCACGCCGACCAUAUAUAUAUGUGAUAUAAUGUAUCUCUAUUAAGAUAUAACACAAAACUCACCCAUUUAAAGUGUACCACUCAAGGGUUUUUAGUAUAUUCACAGGGUUGUGCAACUAUCACACUUUUAGAACAUUUUCAUCCCCCCAAAAAGAAAUCCCAUACCCAUUAGCAGUCACUCCCCAUUUUCCCUCCACCCCCCACCCACAGCCCUAAGCAACCUCUAAUCUAUUGUCUCUAUGGAUUUAUCCAUUCUGACGUUUCAUAUAAAUGGAAUCAUACAAUAUGUGGCCUUUUGUGACUGGCUUCUUUCACCCAGCAUAUUUUCAAGGUUCAUCCAUGUUGUACCAUGGAGCAGUACUUCAUUCCUUUUUAUUACCAAGUAAUAUUCCUUUGUAUGGAAUACAUUUUAUUUAUCCAUUCAUCAACUGGUGGACAUCUGGGUUGUUUCCACUUUUUGGCUAUUAUGAAUAAUACUGCUAUAAACAUUCGUGUAAGUUUUUGUGCGGACAUGCGUUUUCAUUUCUCUUGGGUGUAUACUUAGGAGUGGUAUCAUAUGGUAACUCUAGAUCACAUGUAACUCUAUGUUUAACUUUUUUAGGAACUGCCGGACUACUUGCCAAAGUGGCUGUACCAUUUUACAUUCGCACCAGCAACACACAAGGGUUUCAGUUUCUCCACAUCCUCGCCAACACGUUAUUAUCUGUCUUUUUUAUUAUAUCCUUCCUAGUGAGUGUAAAGUAGUAUCUCAUUGUGGUUUUGAUUUUCAUUUGCCUGAUGGCUAAUGAUGUCAAGCAUCUUUCCAUGUGUUUAUUGGCCACUUGUAUAUCUUUUUUGGAGAAAUGUCUAUUGAAGUUGUUUGCCCAUUUUUUUUUGCGUGAGGAAGAUCGGCUCGUGAGCUAACAUCUGUUGUCAAUCUUCUUUUGGUGAGGAAGCUCGGCCCGUGAGCUAACAUCUGUUGUCGAUCUUCUUUUUUUUUUUUUGUGAGGAAGAUCAGCCCUGUGCUAACAUCUGCCAAUCCUCCUCUGUUUUUGCUGAGGAAGACCGGCCCCUGGGCUAACAUCCAUGCCCAUCUUCCUCCACUUUAUAUGAGACAAGGUCACAGCAUGGCUUGCCAAGCGGUGCGUUGGUGCGCACCCGGGAUCCGAACAGGCGAACCCCAGGCCGCCGCAGCGGAGCGCGCGCACUUAACCGCUUGCGCCACUGGGCCGGCCCCCCCAGUCUUCCUUUUUGCUGAGAAAGAUUAGCCCUGAGCUAACAUCUGUGCCCAUCUUCCUCUAUUUUGUAUAUGGGUCCAUGCCCGGGAUCCGAACCCACAAACCCCGGGCUGCUGAAGUGGAGUGCAUGAACUUAACCACUACGCCAUUGGGCUGGCCCCCUGUCUGCCCAUUUUUUAACUGGGGCAUUUUUUUUUUUAUUAUUGAGUUGUAGGAAUUCUUUAUAUAUUCUAGCUACAAGUCCUUUAUCAGAUAUAUGAUUUGUAAACAUUUUCUCUCAUUCUGUGGAUCGUCUUUUCAAUUUUUCUUGAUGGUAUCCUUUGAACACAGCAGUUUGUAAUUUUGAUGACAUCCAAUUUGUCUAUUUUUUUUCUUUUGUUGCUUGUGCUUUUGGUGUUAUAAGAAACCACUGCCUAAUCCAAGGUAAUGAAGAUUUAUGCCUAUGUUUUCUUAUAUUUAAGUCUUUGAUCUAUUUUUAGUUAAUUUUUGUAUGUGGUGUGAGGUGGGAGCCUAACUUCAUUCAUACAUGUGAAUAUCCAGUCGUCCCAGCACCUUCUGUUGAAGAUCAUUCUUCCUCCAUUUAAUUGUCGUUACCCUUGUUGAAAAUCAAUUGACCAUAAAUGUGAAUUAUUAUUUCUGGACUCUCAAUUCUAUUCCAUUAAUCUAUAUGUCUUGUCUUUAUGCCAGUACCACACCGUCUUGAUUACUGUAGCUAGUAGUAAGCUUUGAAAUUGGGAAGUGUGAGUACUCUGACUCUGUUCUUCUUUUUCAAGAUUAAGCUCUCCUGGGUCCCUUGAAUUUCCACAUGAAUUUUAGGAUCAGCUUGUCAAACUUCUGCAAAGUCAGCUGAGAUUUUGACAGGGAUUGUGUAAUCUGCAUCUUAACAAUGUUAAGUUUUCCAAUCCAUGAACAUGGGAUGCCAUUCCGUUUAUUUAGAUCUUUACUAUCUUUCAACAAUGUCUUGUAGUUUUCAAAGUAUAAGUUUUGCAAUUCUUUUGUUAAAUUUAUUCAUAAUUAUUUUAUUAUUUUUGAUGCUAUUGUAAAUUAAAUUAUUUUUAUUAAUUUCA